AUGAUUGCAUAAUCCUGCUUUCUUCCUGUGUUUGACUUUAUUAAACAGUAACACGCUGUUACCCAGCUGUGUUUCAUCUGGCCCCUUUGGACUUGUGGAUCGACCAGUGUGAGGUGCACGAGGUCUAAGCACCCCUGAAGGGACUCUGAUAGUUUGCACUGAUCCAUGGUUUGCUGAACAGAACAAGAUUUGACUUGAUUUCUUAAACUUUGCGACAGUAAGGAUGACCUUUGAUGACCUCUUGGAAGAAGCCGGGUCAUUUGGCCGCUGUCAGAGGCGAAUCUUUGCCCUGCUCUGCCUCUUGUCGUUGCCCUUUGCAGGGGUAUACGUCGGCAUCGUAUUCCAGGGUUUCACCCCUGAUCAUUGGUGUCGGGACCCUGCAGUGGUGGAGAGGAGGCAUGCAUGCGGCUGGAACCUGACAGACAGUCGCAGGCUGACGGUGCCUCUGGUCAAUAGCUCUGGACUGGUGCAGCACAGCACCUGCGAGCAGUAUGAGGUGGACUGGAAUGCCACAGAGCUGACCUGUGACACACAGGAACUGGACCUGAGUGGAGUCCCACUUACAGCAUGCAAGGUCAGUUCCUAUAUGACUGUUUUUCACAGUGUUUAUGGCCUACUCUACCCCCAGUUUGGCAGGCAGAUCAGUUUCUUGGUGUCCAACAUUUUGAAUGCAGUAGCAGGAAUCGCAGUGGCUAUAGCGCCAAACUACAUCUCCAUCCUUGUGUUCAGGACCAUCCUUGGCUUCAGUGUCAAAGGAGGCUGGAUGACCUCAUAUGUGCUGCUCACAGAGAUUGUUGGUGUGAAGUACAGGAGAACAGUGGGUAUCUUGUACCAGAUGUUCUUCAGUGUGGGUCUCCUCAUCCUUCCUUUGCUCGCCUACUUUAUCACAGACUGGCGCUGGCUCCAGGUCACCUUCACUGUGCCCUACGUGCUCUUCGUGUGUUAUUACUGGUUUAUCCCAGAGUCUCCGAGGUGGCUCAUCUCUCAGAACCGUUCCUCCAAAGCUUUGAAGAUCACUGAAGCUGUGGCCAGAGAGAACCACAGGACACUGUUCAAGAAUAUGGAGUCACUGACUGAUGGUGAAGGUGAGUCUACCUCUGCCUCUUUGCUGGACCUAAUCAGAACUCCAAACAUGAGAAAACACACCUUCAUCCUCAUGUUCAACUGGUUCACCAGUGCUGUGGUUUAUCAAGGCCUCGUCAUGCGCUUGGGGAUAGCAGGAGGAAACGUCUACAUUGACUUUCUCAUUUCUGGCUUGGUUGAAUUUCCUGCCGCCUUCCUUAUCCUCUUCACCAUUGAACGUAUUGGCCGGCGUCUCCCAUUCGCCACUGCGAAUAUCGUAGCUGGAGCUUCUUGCUUCAUUGCUGCUUUCAUUCCUGACAGCUUGUUCUGGUUAAAGACAGCGGUUGCCUGUAUCGGUCGGUUGGGGAUCACCAUGGCCUUUGAGAUGGUGGUGUUUGUUAACACAGAGCUCUACCCCACAUUUGUCAGGAACCUGGCAGUGUCUGUUUGUUCUACUCUGUGUGAUGUUGGAGGCAUUGUGUCCUCAUUCCUGCUGUACAGACUGGCUGCUAUCUGGCUGGAACUGCCACUCAUCAUCUUUGGCGCUGUGGCAAUCAUAGCUGGAGGUUUGGUGCUGUUACUUCCAGAAACCAAAGGAGUACCUCUCCCUGAAACCAUUGAUGAUAUUGAGUUCCCUAAUUGGAAAAAGCAGAGCCACGAAGAAAAUCAUCAAAUGAAGAAUCUUCUGAAGUCUGAAGAUCAGAUGAAAAACAGGGAAACGACUACUGAAUGAUUACAUUUUAUUUCACCCAAACACAAGGAAGUACGUUUUUAAUAUUUGUAUAAUUUCCUUGUUUCAUUUAAGUAUUGUUUUUUCCAAAUUUCAUUCAUUGUUCAUUGUCCUUCUUUUUUUAAACCAGUAACAUGCGCUGUUUAUAGUGUAUCCACAUCAGUCAGCAGUGCUUGUAAUAUCAGAGCAGAACAGUGUACAUAUGUUAAGA